GAGCUUCAUGGAGCAACCAGUGUGCUUGGCGCUUUAAAAAUGGCAGACACUAUCGGCUAAUUCGAUUCCUCCAAGUAACACAAUGGCAGAGUCGAAUGACACUGUGGAAACUCCCGCAACGAAGUCCGCGAAACGGAGGAAGAAAAUUUAUGCUGCAGUAUUUCUGAGCACCGUCGCGAGUAUAUCUGCCCUCGCUGGAUUUUCCAGGGCAGUGGCGGUAACCAGGAAGCGAGAUCCAAAACAUUUUGGAGAUGGAAUUUCUGGUAUAAAAGGAUAUCAUGAAACUGGAGCCUCAUUAGCAAUAAGAGCCCUUGGCUGGGGCACAAUUUACGCCAUCACAGGGUGCAGUUUAUUUUUUUAUGGUAUCUGGAAGCUCUCCGGCGCCACUAAUAUGGAGGAAUUCAGAUUCAAGAUGGGAUCCCUGCUACCAAGGAUAUCUAAGAAUGAUCCACCCCAAAGUAGAACGGAGUUUGAGGGUUUGACGGAUCUAUUGACAUAUAUUUCUGAAGAUUGGGAACGGAACAAGGAGGAAUAAUGUAUUCGUCAUAUCUUGACCGUACCGAUCAUUGUUGACACUUAUUGGCAUACGAAUCGCGUAAUCGUAUGACUGGGAAUCGUACGAUUGGGUCACGCACGGGUUUACUGCAUGCAUGAAUAGUAACGCGAAAUAGCAAAUGUUGAAAGGAAAUGCCUUGCGAAAAGAAUGUUUUGCGAAACUGUAAAUUAAAUUGAUUACCGCAAGUUGACUUGUGGAGAAAAACCUUGUAUAUUUAUUGUAGUUAGUUUUAUCUAAUAAAAUAAAUUACGAAGCGUUAUUUCCUUCUCGUUUCGCAGAAUAAUGACGCACGACACUCAAUAAUUCAUAUAAGCCAAAUCUUUUCUUUAUCAUCUUGAUAUUAUUUGCGAUAGAGUGUAUGUGUAUGUGUUAAAUUUUAAAGUAUUUUUAUUCCACUCUUAGCCAAAAUAUUUAAUCUGCAGUGUUAGAUUUGUUUUUUGAAAUAUAUUAUUACCCUCUCAUUAGUUUUUAUUGAAGACUUCGCCGUGUUGAUUGAAAAAGUUUCCAUCAAACGCAGCGCGAUAUCAUUUAUAUCAUUUAUUAUGUUCUCUGUACAUGAUAGAUUUAAAAAAGAGAUCAGGAACUUAUUAAGUAUGUAAGAUAUCUUGUUCGUUCUGAUGAUGAGAUAAAUCUGCAUAAACUUGUUUUGAUAAAGUCACGUAAUGCAACAGUUCGCACGUUCUGUUGUAAAAAAAGAGCAAUGCAUAUUUGACGAAUUUUGCAUAAUAAUAAUAAUAAUAUCGUACGACGAAAAAAUAUUGAUUAUGCGAGCACGCUGUUAACGCAAGAUAAAUCACGUUAGAGGAACGUGAAACUUGAUACGCACUCGCGUGUGAAAAGCGACGUAAGAUAUAAAGGUGAUUUUGAAAUACGGAGGAUUACGCAAGAGGUGACGAUUUAAUAGUAAACAAUCAGCGUUGCAUAUAAAAGUGCACAGUAUAAUUAUUCAAGAAGAAACAUCAAGUUAUAUUCAUGAAUGCAAAAUAGCAGUUGCUUAAUUUUUCUGGACUCGUUACCUAUCGGAAAUGUGCGUUAUUGAAAUUAACGAAUCAAGACCAUGAACUAUGAACUUAAUAUUUAUAAAACAUGAGCGAUUGUUUACUACAUUUUAUCGCGAUUAAAUGACUAUGAUUGACGAUUACGAUCAAAUAUGUAUAACGUUAUAUUACAAGCGAUAAAAAAAUGUUUAUAUACAUAAUUGCAGAAUUUUUAAUUUAUGUACAGAAUUAAAUAUUCUUCCUUUCAAAGUGCUUUACGUCUCUAAAUGUAAAAAUACAAAAAUAUAGAAAUAUUGUUAUGCGAUA